UUUAACACAUCAUUUUCGAGGACAAAAAUUGUAGCGAACCAAAAUUUUAAGAGUAGUUUCCUAACACUUGUAUAUACAUAGAGUUUAUUCAAAUGGAAGGGUUCGAAUAUGUUGUCAAUCCGACGGUUAUUCCAAAAGUGGCCUUCGGCACCACCAUACACCGAGAGGUAUUGCCCACAAGUGGGCCCAGCAUGGAUAGCUUUAUGCGUCGCUUACUCCCGGAGGAACGCUCAUUGCCAGGUCCCUUCGAUUACGAUGUUGAAAAGCCAUUAGGCUACCAGUAUCCCUCUGUAAUGGGGUUCUCAGCGAUGGCAAACAAAAAAGCACGCUUGCCGGCGACACCUGAGCAGAAUGUCCCGCCACUAGGCACCUAUGCACCGGAGCGUUGGCGACCUACCGAUCGCGACGGCUUCACCUUCAACAAAGAGGCGCUAAGCCGUAAUCCCAAAUGGAUGACACCGGGCCCCUCAACCUACUCCUACCAUAUUGACUAUCCUGGCUGGAACAUAGAAAAGGCUUUUGGCAAACAUCGCCUUAUCUGGCCAGCGGUAGCCGUCUUCUGCAGCCCCAACAACACGGCCCAGUGCAUGACUUGCCAAACUUCACCCAUAGGCGACUACUUCCACAACUUUGACACAAACCAGGAUCUGUGCCGUGUGUGCAUGCGUGCCCAGAUGGACGUCAUCCAGCACUGCGAGCUGCAGGUGGUCGAGCGCUUCCGGCUCCGCAGAGAUAUCAAGCGGUUUGUACCGGCCCGCUAUUGUGGCUUCUUCCACGAUCACGGAGGUACGACUGCGGCCCGGGAGAUAACAUCACGCAAAGAGCUACGCGACAAGAUCCGCGUCGAAAAUUAUUUGUAUCGCUUCGUUAGCAGACAAAACUAAAUAAUACACACAUUAAAAACAAUCUGUAACUCCAUUAAUCAACCAAUAAAUGUUUCAUUAAAAUUGUA